AGCACGGUUGAAGGCAAGGGGAUGCGGAAGUGACGUUAGGUUUUGCCUUACACGAUCGACGAAUUUGACAACAAAAUCGGUUUAUUUUCACUGCCUGCGUCCAGUUUAUCGUUUGUUCAAAACCAUAGUGUUAAACGUGAUCUGCGCUGGUAUGAAGACGUUCAUAUGAAGACGUCUCUGCCUCUCCGCUGACGGUUUUAAAGCCACUCUCUUACGUCACCGAACCAACUUGUCGGUUUGCUGUCAAUGGCCUGCACUUUUGAGAAAGUGUUGUGCGAUGCGAGGACCCUUCUGGAGAGAUUGAAGGAUCAUGAUACAGCCGCCGAGGGUCUGAUAGACCAAACCGGGGCCCUGGGACUCCGGGUGCAGAGCAUGAAGGAGGUGGGGAACGCUCUGCCUGACAAGCACACAGAAGACAGCUCAGAGAUUCAAGAUCUGACCAAAUACAAGCCUCAUGUCCUCCUGACUCAAGAAAACACCCAAAUUAAAGAGUUGCAGCAGGAAAAUAAAGAACUGUGGCUGUCUCUUGAAGAACACCAAUACGCCUUAGAACUAAUCAUGGGUCGGUAUCGCAAGCAGAUGCUGCAGCUGAUGAUGGCAAAAAAGGAGCUGGACACCAAACCCGUGCUCAGCCUUCAUCAGGACCAUGCCAGAGAAGUGCAGAGCCAGGUGGAGCGGAUAUGUGAGAUGGGUCAGGUGAUGAGAAGAGCCGUGCAGGCAGACGAUCAGCACUACUGCUCUGUUCGAGAGAGGCUUGCUCAGCUAGAGAUAGAAAACAAGGAGCUUCGGGACCUUUUAUCCAUCAGCAAGGGGUCGGUGAAGAUAGAGAGAGACGACGCCAAGCAGAAAUCCCCACCAGCAGCGGAGUGGGAGCAUUCCCCACAGGCAUCGUCUGACGACUGAUCAGAGCACCAGGACUGAGAAAGCAGACUACAGGGUUGUGAAUUUUCUAGCGAAGGUCACUUGAACACAGCAUUUUAGCUUUCAUUACGUUUACCAGUGUGUGCACUCCAGGGUUAGGGAAGCUCUUUGUAGA